AUGCCUGUGACAGAGAAUGCCCGGGGUCCCCAGGAAGCCCCAGCCUUCACCUUAGACCACAUGUCACCUCCCCAAAGCACCAAGAACCUACAGAGCAAAGACUCCAAGUGCUUGAAUGGAAACUCUCCAGAACCCUCUGCAGUGGAGAACCCCAAAGGCAUAACAGGGUUCCAGACCUUGGUUCACCUGGUAAAAGGCAACAUGGGUACGGGGAUCCUGGGCCUGCCGCUGGCUGUGAAGAAUGCAGGGAUUCUGCUGGGCCCGCUCAGUUUGCUGGUGAUGGGGUUCGUGGCCUGCCACUGUAUGCACAUCCUGGUCACCUGUGCCCGCCAUUUCUGUCACAGGUUUAACAAACCCUUUAUGGAUUAUGGUGACACUGUGAUGCAUGGACUAGAAGCCAGUCCCAGCGCCUGGCUCCAAAGCCACGCCCACUGGGGGAGGAACUUGGUGAGCUUCUUUCUGAUUGUCACUCAGCUGGGCUUUUGCUGUGUGUACAUUGUGUUUCUGGCUGACAAUUUAAAGCAGGUAGUAGAGGCCAUGAACAGCACCACCAAUGACUGUGGCUACAAUGAGACGGUGAUCCUCAGCCCCUCCAUGGACUCGCGGCUCUACAUGCUCUCCUUCCUGCCCUUCCUGGUGCUGCUGGUUUUCAUCCGAAACCUCCGGGCCCUCACCAUCUUCUCCCUGCUGGCCAACGUCAGCAUGCUGGUCAGCUUGGUGAUCAUCACCCAGUAUAUUGCCCAGAGGAUUCCAGAUCCCAGACCACUGCCCCUGGCAGCCAGCUGGCAAACCUACCCUCUCUUCUUUGGAACGGCCAUUUUUUCCUUCGAAAGCAUCGGUGUGGUUCUUCCUCUGGAAAACAAGAUGGCGGAUGCUCGUCGCUUCCCAGCCAUCUUGUCUCUGGGACUGUCCAUUGUGACCGCCCUCUACAUCGGCAUCGGGGCUCUGGGCUACCUACGCUUUGGAGAAGAAAUCAAGGCCAGCAUCACCCUUAACCUGCCCAACUGCUGGCUGUACCAGUGGGUGAAGCUGCUGUACAACGUGGGCAUCCUGUGCACCUACGCCCUGCAGUUCUACGUCCCUGUGGAAAUCAUCAUUCCCUUGGCCCUCUCCCGAGUGCCCGAGCGCUGGGCGCUGCCUGUGGAUCUGCUGGUCCGCCUUGUUCUGGUCUGCCUGACUUGCGUGCUGGCCGUGCUCAUCCCCCGGCUGGACCUGGUCAUCUCUCUGGUGGGCUCGGUGAGCAGCAGCGCCCUGGCCCUCAUCAUCCCCCCGCUGCUGGAGAUCACCACGUUCUGUGCAGAGGGCCUGAGCCCCCUGCUCAUCGCCAAGGACGUCCUGAUCAGCAGCCUGGGCUUCGUGGGCUUCGUGGUGGGGACUUACCAGGCCCUGGAUGAGCUGAUUGGAUCAAGAGGAUCUCUCAGCUUUCCCAACUCCACUAUUGUUACUCAAUGA